AUUUUGACUGAACCAAAAAAAAAACUGGAAUUAAUUAUACAAAAUUAUCCUGCUACGGAUUGCAAUAUUAAAUGUAAUAAUUGUAUAUUUUGCUACCAAACCAAAGUAAAAUGGCGCAAGUAAUCCAUAGUGUUAAUGGCAUGAUGAACAACGAGACAGAGAUGAAAGGUAUGGAUGCCAAUAGAUAUGCCACGAAGAAGACAAUUGCCCAGGGCAUGUUGGAUAUAGCGUUGCUGACUGCAAACGCAUCACAACUUAAAUACAUUUUACAAGUGGGAGAGCAGCAUCAGUUCUACAAAUUAAUGUUGAUUCUUAUCAGUCUAUCAAUAGUAUUGCAGAUCCUGUCUGGUGUAUUAAGUUUAUCACUGAGUCUAAUGCGUGAUUGUCGUAUGCACAAGCCAGAAUUUCAUCAAUCGGCCAAUAUGAUUAAUCACAUUCGAACGGGUUUCGCUUUCUUUGUAACCAUGAUCAAUUUAUUUAUAUCGGCAUUUGAUUCUCGUUUACCGCCACCACAAGGAGAUUUCUUAAGUGGUUUAAAUUAAUUCUGAUGGUUGGUAUAUUCUUUGUAAUAAUCGGAAGUCUGAAUAUCAAUCGUAAACAGGAUCAAACGGCCGCUAUAAUAUUAAAUGAUAUCAUUUUGGUUGUUAUAUUUGUCAUAUCGG